AUGUUUCUGACGAGAUCAGAGUAUGAUAGAGGUGUCAAUACCUUCUCCCCCGAGGGGAGGUUGUUCCAGGUUGAAUACGCAAUGGAGGCUAUCAAACUCGGCUCCACUACCGUCGGAAUAGCAACACCAGAAGGUACAGUUCUCGGUGUUGAAAAACGAGUGGCUUCACCUUUACUAGAAACAUCUUCCAUUGAGAAAAUCAUGGAGAUUGACCGACAUAUAGGAUGCGCAAUGUCAGGUCUUACGGCAGAUGCAAGGACUAUGGUGGAUCAUGCUCGUGUCACUAGUCAGAAUCAUGCUUUUACAUAUGACGAGAAUAUCAAAGUUGAGAGUUGUACUCAGGCGGUAUGUGAUUUAGCUUUGAGAUUUGGAGAGAGUGUGGAGGAUGAUGAUGCUUUGAUGUCACGACCAUUCGGUGUAGCCUUACUUAUAGCCGGCGUCGAUGAGAAAGGUCCACAAUUAUACCAUACAGAUCCUUCGGGGACGUUCACGCGAUAUGACGCUAAAGCCAUUGGAUCGGGGUCGGAUGCUGCUCAACAAAGUCUGCAGGAUGCUUUCCACAAGCAAAUGACUCUGCAAGAGGCAUACACAUUGGCUCUGAAGGUGUUGAAACAGGUCAUGGAGGAGAAACUGGAUGAGAACAAUGUACAACUGGCUAGGGUGACAAAAGCGAAAGGUUUCGAGAUUCUCAACAUUGACGAAUUAAAACUCGCCAUCGAAGGUAUCUCCGCUUAA